AUGGACAAUCACCAGCAGCUAUUCUGUGAGAGACUUGCGGCAUAUGAUCAGAGACGUUGGUAAGCACCCAUCUCUCAUGAUUAAGUGUCUUCUUUAGGGGCACUCUAGUGCCAAUAUACCUUUGAAGCUUCCACAUGACUCAAGAGUCGACUGGCAACUAGGUACUCCUCAAAUAUCCCCUGCGAAGCAUGCUAACCAAACAAUUCUGCAGGUGUUACCUCAAACAAAACAUACACCGAGCACGCGAAGCCUCUGGGUCCAUUGAAGUUGCUUCGCCUAAUGCUGCAAAGUACGAGAGAAAAUUCAAUCGCUAUAUCGCAAGUUCUGGGCUCACGGGGUGGACCUAUACACAAGAAACAAAUCUUAAGACGUUUCCCAAGUUUCGUAGAUUACCAAUUGAACUUCGUUGGAUGAUUUGGAGAUACGCAUUACCUGGACCACGGUUGCUAGUUGUACAUGAAUGUUAUAACACGGAUGAUUGGGGGAAUGAUCCAAAUUGUUCCUGUGGCGUUCGCAUUUUGUUUUCAGGUCUUCUUCAUUCGCCGGUAAGCAUACAAUUCCAUAGAUUUUUUAUUAUUGUGAGUUUAGUACUUGAGACUAAUCUUUUUUCUUUAGAAUCCCGCCAUCCUCUCCGUCAAUCGUGAGUCUCGAGCCGUAGCCCUCAAAUCGUACCAUUUAAUUUUUGGCUCCGAAACCGUUUACGCUGAUCUUGCGGGAGGCGACAUGCUAUACUUCUACUCUACGGAACCAAACGAUCUUCUCCAAUGCAACAUUCCGCAACCGCCGGCUGGGUGUCCAAAAUGUCGCGAUCUCCAGGAAGUCCGGCAUAUCCUCUUCUCGUCCGCGGCGAUGGAUUUUUAUUUAAUGAAUGAACAACAGAUGGCCGGUAACAAUAGCCAAAGUCCAGCAGUAGCUACCUUGAAAGGAGAUAUGGGCCUCUUCCCAAACUUAAAAAUGGUCUGGUUUGUCGGAAAUGACAUCUAUCCAAUGAUUGAUCAUGAACCUGGAGCGCUUGUUGCAGAGCUCGUAGAGCCUGAGCCUGCACCCAUCCAAUGGACGAAUUUACCACCCCGUAUAAUGGAAUGGUGGCAGCACAGUUAA